AUGGUCUCCUGGGAACUUGAAGACUCUCUGCGAAGUCAAACUUGGAUUGCUGAAGGUGCUUUGGUGCUCAUGCUUGCGUCAUUCCCUGCCUGUCUUCACAGAUUUUGGGCAGAGCUGAUGCCUUCGUGUAGUACGUGCCUGCCCAUGUGUGCUGAUGGACCGCUGCCCUUACCAGGCCAGCAUGAGCACCACAACAAAAAACUGGUGAAAACUCUGCUGGCAAGUGGCUGGCACAGUGGACACACUCUGGGUUCCUGCUGUGCUGGUGGUCCAGUCCUGGGUAUUUCCAGCUGCUGUCGCCAAGCACUUACUUCCUCGUUCCCGCGCGCCCUGGACUCAGCUCACCGCGCCAAGAGCCCAGAGCCCAGACGGAGCCCAAGAGCCGGGGCUGCUCUGGCGGCGACCGACAGGGGGUCACAGGGGAGAUGUCGCAAGCGCUUCCCUCCCUCUUUCUCCGCCUUGGAUCUCAGUCAACUCCCCGCCGGGUGCGCUCGCAGAGGGCCGCGGGCCUCCGGGGCGCUGGGCAUGUUCCUUGAGAGCGCACAGCAGGCAGCGGGCCCCGGGUCCCCGCACAGCCCGGAGCGGGACGACAACCGCACCCGCUUCCCCUUCUUCUCCGACGUCAAGGGCGACCACCGGCUGGCGCUGAGCGCCCUGGAGACGGUGGUGCUGGCGCUCAUCUUCGCGGUGUCCGUGCUGGGCAACCUGUGCGCCCUGGUGCUGGUGGCGCGCCGACGGCGCCGGGGCACCACGGCCUGCCUGGUGCUCAACCUCUUCUGCGCCGACCUGCUCUUCGCCAGCGCCAUCCCGCCCGUGCUGGUGGUGCGCUGGACCGAGGCCUGGCUGCUGGGGCCGGUGGCCUGCCACCUGCUCUUCUACGUGAUGAGCCUGAGCGGCAGCGUCACCAUCCUCACGCUGGCGGCCGUCAGCUUGGAGCGCAUGGUGUGCAUCGUGCGCCUGCAGCGGGGCGCGCGGGGGACCGGCCGGCGGGUGCGCACCGCGCUGCUCGCGCUCAUCUGGGGCUACUCGGCGGUGGCCGCGCUGCCGCUCUGCGUCUUCUUCCAUGUGGUGCAGCAGCGGCUCCCCGGAGCCGACCAGGAGAUUCCAAUUUGCACACUGAUUUGGCCCAGCAUUGCUGGAGAAAUCUCUUGGGAUAUACUAUUUGUUACUGUGAACUUUUUGGUGCCGGGAUUACUCAUUGUGACUGGUUACUCCAAAAUUUUACAGAUUACUAAGGAGUCAAGGAAAAGAUUAACAGUGAGCAUGGCAUAUUCGGAAAGCCACCAGAUCCGAGUGUCCCAGCAGGACUUCAGGCUCUUCCGCACCCUCUUUCUGCUCAUGAUCUCCUUCUUCAUCAUGUGGAGCCCCAUCAUUAUCACCAUCCUCCUCAUACUGGUGCAGAAUUUCAAGCAAGACCUAGUCAUCUGGCCAUCACUCUUCUUCUGGGUGGUGGCCUUCACCUUCACCAACUCGGCCCUAAAUCCUAUUCUAUAUAACAUGUCGCUGUUCAGGAAUGAAUGGAGGAAAAUUUUUCACUGCUUCUUCUUCUCAGAAAAGGGAGCCAUGUUUACAGACACUUCUGUCCGAAGAAAUGAUUUGUCUAUUAUUUCCAACUAGUUUAUUUUUAUCUCAAAGAAGAACUUGUCAUUUUUUGGCAAACCCUGGAAUAU